UUUUAUUGCCUCGCCCACUCGCACCUCCCGCCCCGGGGAAUAAAUACCGAGCGUCCCACUUGGCAACCAAUCUAACAGCAGAAAGCAUCCCCCUCCCUCCAGCCCAUUCGCUCGUCGCCGACGCGCGCGUACGCUACGCUCCUCUGCUCACCCAUGGCGGCGGGGCAGUGGUCAGGCAUCGGCGACGGCGGCGGCCUCUGGGCCCCGCCCGCGCUCUACAGCCUCUUCCCCGACGAGCAGCCGGCGCUCGGCUUCUACGGGGGAUCCCUCGCGCAGCUCCCUUCCCCUCCGCCGCUCCUCGGGUACCCCCAGGACAACUUUGAUGUGUUCCAUGAACAAGACCUAGCACAGCUGGCAGCACAAGUAGCUCAAAAGAAAGAGUUGCGGGGAAAACAAGGGGCGGGAUUGCAUCACAAGAUUGGACCUCAACUAGCUUUUUCGAAAUACAGUAUACUUGAUCAAGUGGACAACUCUUCUUCUUUCUCAUUGGCAACUUCAGUGCUGACACCUCAGCAUGUCAGUUCUUCCGUAGGCGCGGCAUCAAUGCAGGGACAGACUUUGCCAUCACACACUGGUAGUGGUAGUGUCAACACUGGACCAACUGGAGUUUUACAAGUGCUCCAAGAUUCAUCCACCACUCUGGACAGUAUCAACACUGGAUCAGCUGGAGUUCUGGAAGCACUCCAAGGUUCAUCCAUCACUCUGGAUAGACCUGCUGAUGAUGGAUACAAUUGGCGUAAGUAUGGACAAAAGGCAGUCAAGGGUGGGAAGUAUCCAAAGAGCUAUUACAAAUGCACCCUGAACUGCCCGGUCAGGAAAAAUGUAGAGCACUCUGCAGAUGGACGAAUUAUUAAAAUAAUUUAUAGAGGUCAGCACUGCCAUGAACCUCCCUCGAAGAGGUUUAAAGAUUGUGGUGAUUUAUUGAAUGAGUUAGAUGAUUUCAAUGAUGCCAAGGAGCCUUCAACUAGAUCACAAUUAGGUUGUCAAGGUUAUUAUGGAAAACCUAUAACGCCAAAUGGCACGAUGGUGGAUGGUUUAUUGCCAACGAAGGAAGAGGGAGAUGAACAAUUAUCUAGUUUAAGUGAUAUCCGGGAAGGUGAUUGUGAAAUAAGAAUUGUUGAUGCAGAUGUUGGUGAUGCUGAUGCAAAUGAAAGGAAUGUACCAGGUCAAAAGAUUAUCGUGAGUACAACGAGCGACGUUGACCUUUUGGACGACGGCUAUAGGUGGCGCAAGUAUGGACAGAAAGUGGUGAGAGGAAAUCCUCACCCAAGGAGCUAUUACAAGUGCACUUACCAAGGCUGCGCCGUCAAGAAGCAUAUCGAGAGAUCUUCCGAGGAACCACAUGCUGUGAUAACUACAUACGAAGGGAAGCAUACCCAUGACGUGCCUGAGUCCAGGAACAGAAGCCAAGCCACAGGUCAACACCACUGCAAAGAGCAGACUUAUUCAGAACAACCAGCUGCUAGCUUCUGCAGUAGCUCGGAAAAGAGAAAAUACGGAACAGCCAUUCUGAACGAUCUCGCCUUCUAGUUUGGUCCCGGUGUCUUCUUCACCGACCAUGGUGGUGGCUCGCGAAAGAAAGAAAGAAGCACAGUUCGAUUGGUUCAUCGGUGACGGGCUGUUGUUGCUCAUGCUCUGUUUGCUGUAUAUUCCCCACUCCAGUAAUAACUCUUGCAUAUGCAGAAGUUGUAACUGCUGAACAUGAAGGGUGGUCCAUUCUUGGUUAAAACCUUUCAGUUGGACCAGCAUGAACUGCGUGUCAGGUGCACAUAUUUUGUCUGUUGAAAACUUGGAUAUUUCAGUUAAACAGCACAAGGCAAUGAUUGCAUGCUAACCCAACUGCAAUUUGAAGUA